AUGACAAACAUUUCGUAUAUCAUUCAGGGUUGCUGUCUUCGUACAGAAGAAGUGGGUGAAAGCGUUGUGUUCCGACAUUGGAUGAACUCUAUUUAUAGGACUCACAUUCAUAAAAAUCUCGAGGCUAAGUACGAACUUGGUCCAUUAUGUUGGGAGCACGAAGCGCCAAAAGUGGAAGACAGUUAUCGUAAUGUGGCCCCAGUUGUCUCUUCAUCUACGCUGAUUCCUGGUGACGUACCGAUGGAGCUAUUUUCUCAUCCGCCUUCAUUGACGAAUUUCGAAAUAGCUGAUGUAGAAUACUUU